AUGACAGUCUCCGACUUUCUCAACACCCAGACCGUGGGCGGUUACCUUGUCUGCUUCCUCGUCGCUGGUGGCUUGAUCUACAACUACUCUGGCAACAAGAAGCCUGCGCAGAUUGCCAAGACUGCCAAGGCAUAUGUUGAGCCCAAGAAGGACACCAACGCAAAGAAGCAGCGAAAGGCUGCCUUUGCUUCACAAAAGCCCGAGGAGAAGGCUUCCACGAGCGCAGUCGAUCCCUCUAGCACAUGGCUGAGCAAUGACCCUAAGGAGGAAGCUGAUAAUGCCGAUUUCGCCAAGAGGAUGGCCAGUGUCAAGGAGGGCAAGAAGUUUGAUGGCAAGUCUGCUGCUGAUGCCAAGAAGAAGAAGACCAAGUCCGUCAAGCAAUCGCGUGCUGCCGAGAAGAAGCCUGUCGAGGUCACCGAGGAGGAGGAGCCCGCCGCUUCCUCUGCCCCCGCCGUCGAGGCUGUUAAGGAAGAGGAGGAGAGCUCCCCUGCCGCUUCCCCCGAGGUCACCCCUGCCGACCCCAGCGGCGUCAAUGACAUGCUCGAGCCCACCGCAUCCGGCCCCUCCGUCCUCCGCCUGACCGGCACCGAUAAGGAGAAGGCCAAGGCCAAGAAGCAGAAGGCCCCCGAGCAGGCUGAGACCAAGAAGCAGCGCCAGAACCGCCAAAAGGUUGAGGCCAAGAGAGCCGCCCGCGAGGAGGAGGAGAAGGAGCGCAAGGUCAAGCUCGAGAAGCAGCGCCGUACCGCUCGCGAGGCCGCCGGCAUCCCCGCCAAGGAUGGCUCCCAGUUCAUGGCCAGCGUCAACGGCAACAAGUCCGCCUGGACCGCCGGCUCCCCUAACGGUGCCUCUGCUACCAACGGCACCUCCGCUGCUGUUCAGCCUCUCGACACCUUCGAUGCUCCGGCUCAGAACGGCACCUCUGCUGCCGCUCCCGCCCAGACCUCCAACAACUGGAUCUCUUCCCUUCCCUCUGAGGAGGAGCAGAUUCAGCGCCUCAAGGAGGAGGACGAGUGGAAUACUGUUCCCGCCAAGUCCAAGAAGUCCAAGAAGGAGAACCGCUCCCCUUCCCCCGAGGCUGCCAAGCCUGCCGCUGCCGCCGCCGCCGCCGCUCCGGCUCCGGCUCGCCCCAUCGCCCAGGCCGUUCAGAAGCCUGCCUCCAAUGGCAAGGCUGCAAAGCCCGUCACGUCCAACUUUGGAUCCUUCUCCGCCCUUAGCACCGAGGAGGAGGAGUGGGAUGUCUAA